UGAUGAAGGAGAUGUCGAAACAACCAUGAAAGAGUGCUGCAAGAGAGUUGGAGCUGAUGGGGGCAAAAUUCAGCUAGAAUCCUUUGGGAUUGAACUUGAGAUACCUCCUGGUGCAAUUGACAGCAAAGAGCCACAAGAAAUCUCCCUUCGUGUUCUGACCGAUACUCCUAAUCUUGGUGACUCCAAAGACGAGAUGUCAGUCUGCUUUGGUGUACAAUGCUUAGCUCCUGAUGACUUAAUUCUGAGGUCGCCGGUGACUUACACAUUACCUCAUUGCGCUGUUGCAGCACUUUACUCCAGUUUACAGGCAGUCCUAUACUCAGGAGAGGGGAAAUACUCGCCACAUGCAGUUAUUAAGGAACGGAAAGUACUGUCAAGGUCUGGAAUACCCAGCUGCAAGAUCUUUAAGGACGUACUCAAACUCAAGAUGGAUCAUUUUUCGUGGGCGAAGAUUAUGAUCAGGAUCAAGAACUUCUUCUUCCGCGGAAAGAGGAUGUGUUUCGUGCCGUUUAAAGAGAAGUACUUGUCUCUGGCAAAGACACCUCUCAUCUUACAUGCCAACUUUUAUGAUGAUGUGGAAGGGAACAAAGAGGGUCAGGAAGUAAACCGGGAUAAGUUACAAGGACAGUCAACGGUCCACUAUGUCCGAAAUUCCAAGAUAGCUUUCAAAAAUGAAGUCUAA